AUGUCAUUGCUUGAGUUCUCGUUAGUUGGGCAUCGUAUCCGAAUUAUUUCCAAGGCUCAGAUCCGUUAUGAAGGAACUCUCUUUUCUAUUCGGAAAGAUGAAAACAAUGAUCUCGUUCUUGUCCUCUCCAAAGUUACAUCAUACGGCACAGAAGAUAGACCUUGUGAGCACCCAGUGAAACCACUUAGCGAGGUCUACGAGCACAUCGCUUUUCGCGGCAGAGAAUUGGUUGAUUUGCAGCUGUUACCAACCCCUCGUGUUGGUGACGAUCCUUCAAUCAUCAGUGCAGAACUCGAGCCUGGUCCACUAUCUAAAUCGGAACCGCAGGGAAGUGGCGAUGCUCCAAGUACAUCCAACUUCUUUUCACAGCCGGAGAGUUCGUCAAUAUCGUCUUUUCCAAACUUUAUGACCCCUAAGCCACCGGCUGAUCUGCUAGCUGAUAUUCCAGCAACUCCUUGGGGCAAUCUGGGUGCUUUGGGUGCUGCUGAAAAUGACCAGUCUACUGGUGCUGCCGUUGGCGCUACUGUGACUCCCAGUAAUGAGGACUCCGAAUCCAAAGACACGUCGAAAAAUGUUCCAAUGUCCGUUCAAAAUGGUGAGGGGCGUAGGGAUACGCAGAAUAGAUCUAGUGGCCGCGGCUUUCGACCUAAUUAUUCGAAUUACCAACGUUACGGCGGACGUAACGACGGUGGCCAUGGGGAGAAUCGACCUCGAGGAGCUUCAAGUGCAAACCAAUACUCAAAUUCUCGCCGCGGUUAUAACCAAAGACAACGACACUAUGAUCACGUCAAUAAACAGCGGUCUGAAGACGUGAAUUUCAAGGAGGAUUACGACUUUGACAAACCCAAUGCCGAGUUGGCGGAGUUUCUUGAAAAAGUUGAAAUAUCCCCCCACGGCAACACUGAGCCUGAACAUGGUGAGGAGGCUGCGCAUGAGAAUUCCGACACCUAUGACAGUAGCAAAUCCUUCUUUGAUACCCUAAGUUCGGAACUGAUGGAUAGGGCUCAUGGCGUUGUGAAUAGUCGUUCCCAUCGCGAAGAUAGAAAGCAAAACUUUGACACCUUCGGCCCAGCCGCCAAUCGCAUAGGAGCCGCUUUUCGAGGUGGCUAUAGGGGUCGUAGGGGCAGCGGUGUUCAUUAUCGUGGAAAUCAGCGUGGUGGGUACAAGUACAGCAAUAAGCAGAACGCAAUUCGCAAAGUGGAGGAUGGAGGUUUGAGCAAUCCAAAGCAAUUGCAACAACAACAACAGCAGCGUUAG